AUGUCUUGUGGCAAGUGCAAUACUGUUAUUUCCCCAGCUAAAUCGGCUGUGUGUAUUACAUGUGAUACAAGUUAUCAUCCGGUAUGCACUAAACUUAAAACACUGACAAAUUACAAAAUCAAUAAAGAUUUCUGGAAUUGUGAUCUUUGCUUGAGUAAGUUGAAAAAUAUUUCUACUCGUAAUAAAAAAACUGAUAUUUCAUAUGUGGACGAAUCCGAUUUAAAUUAUGAUCUUGACUCAGUAAAAACUGACUUUAGAAAUGUGUUACAAAAGAUUGAAGCACUUUCCAAAAAGAUAGUAACUAUUGAAACAUCGAUUAAGUUUUGUUCUGAUUCUAUUGAUGAUUUUAGUUCAAAACUAGAAUCGGCUGUUAAAAAAAUAUCGGUCAUGGAAAAUAAAAUUGAAUUUUAUGAACAAAAAUGUAAUAAACUUGAGAAAGAAGUAAAUUUUCUCAAAGGCAAUAUUUGUAAUGCUGAACAAGCUUCUAUGAUCAAUAAUAUUGAAAUUUCUGGAGUUCCAAAAACUGCAAAUGAAAAUGUGUCAUAA